CAUUAAUAAUGCAACCUUCUCUCCAACACUCCCGAGUAUAAAAUCGCAUCGCAUUGCCAUCAUGUCUGGUAUGCAACAGACCUCAUUCUUUCCCUUCCAGGCAUCAUCAUGGGUUCCCUUCACCAAGCCCCCCGCGUGAUUCAAUCCGAGCACACCCCCUACUUCACCCCCGCCAACAAUGGCGGUGCCGCCCUCCACCCCGCCGACCCCGACACGCCCACUCUGUUUCGCCCCCUACAGAUUCGCGAUGUGACCCUCAAGAACCGCGUCGUCGUGUCGCCCAUGUGCAUGUACUCGGCCGAAAGCGACCCCUCCUCACCCCUCCUCGGCGCCCUGACCGACUACCACAUUGCCCACCUGGGCCAGUUUGCCCUCAAGGGCGCCGGCCUGGUGUUCGUCGAGGCGCAAGCCGUCCAGGCCAACGGUCGCAUUUCGCCCAACGAUGCCGGUCUCUGGGACCAUUCCCCCGAAUCGGAACAAUUCAAGAGUCUCCAGCGGGUUGUGCGCUUCUGCCACAGCCAGGGUGCCAAGGUGGCCGUCCAGCUGGCCCACGCGGGUCGCAAGGCCAGCGCGGCUCCCCCGUGGGUCGCUGCGGAAGCGAAGAAGCCCGCCAUUAUCGCCGAGGAGAGCGUAGGAGGAUGGCCGUCCAACGUGGUCGGUCCGAGUGGCGGGGAGGAACAUAUCUGGGGACCGGGAUACUGCACGCCUCGGGCGUUAUCGGUGGAGGAAAUCCAGGAGCUGGUACAAGCCUUCGCCAAGGGCGCGGAGACGGCCGUCCGGGCCGGUGUCGAUGUGAUUGAGGUGCACGCCGCCCACGGAUACCUGCUCCACCAGUUCCUGAGCCCGGUGACCAACAAGCGGACGGAUGCCUACGGAGGCAGCUUUGAGAAUCGCACUCGCAUGCUCCGCGAGGUUCUGACGGCCAUCCGUGCUGCCAUUCCCAGCGGUACGCCGUUGUUCCUCCGCAUCAGCGCGACCGAGUGGCUGGACGGGCAGGCGGUUGCGGAAGAAUCGGGCACUUGGACGCUGGAGAGCUCGCUGCAGCUCCUGCCCUUGCUGUCAGAACUCGGGGUCGAUCUGGUGGAUGUCAGCUCCGGCGGCAAUCACCGCGACCAGAAGAUUAAGCUGCACACCAACUACCACAUUGAUCUGGCCUCGGCCGUGCGCAAGGCCAUCCGUGCGACCGGUGCGAAGACGCUGGUGGGUGCGGUCGGCUUCAUCACGGAAGCCGAACAGGCCAAGGGGCUGGUCGAGGGUGCUGAUGAGGCUCACGCCGCGAAUGCCACGGUAUCUGGCCCGGAGCCUGUGGCCGAUCUGGUGUUUAUGGCGCGACAGUUCAUGCGGGAGCCAGAAUGGGUGAUGAACGCGGCGAAGAAGCUAGGCGCGAAGGUGGAUGUGCCGGUGCAAUUUCGCCGGGCCAUUUAAAUAGAAUAGACAUGAUUCAAUAGACCAAUGAAUAAAUAAAUAGACCCAAUGGAAGCAAUAAAUAAUCAAAACCCCUCCGUCCGACAGCCGACCCGAGCCGCUGCGGAACGCGGAGACCUCCGAGGCCGGCUGCAGGCUGCAGUGCCAGCUAUCAGAAGUCC